CGACCACCAUAGUCAUCAUCACCAUCAGUAGAAUUCUGCUCGCUUCCCUCCUGAAUACGACGGCAUUUUCUCCCUCUCUCUUCUCCCCCUCCCUCAUCCAUAUUGUUUAAAGCCGCAAACAUGGUUCGCUAUCUCGUCAAUUUUGCAUAACCGGCAAGACCAGACAGCCAUUUAUGACACCCUGACUUCUGACAGCACCAAAGCCGCCUACCUCAUACUCGAACAUUAUCCAUCUUCCGACGCCUAAAGGCGUCAUGUUUGACUCUGUUGAUCGCGUCUUUACCCAUGCUUUAGCCACUGUUCGUCGCCUACCGCGGACCGGCUCUUCCAGGCCACCCCCUUCCGCCCGACUACGCCUCUAUGGCCUCUACAAACAGUCGAUGGAAGGCGAUGUCGAAGCCAUCUUGCCCAGACCAACUCUCCCCUCUGUCUCACCAGAUCCCAACCCCAGAUCGAGUAACAAUGUCCAUCGUUAUGCAUCUCGCGACCUACGAAUAAGAGAGGCCGAAGCCGAGAUAGAGAAGUGGGAUGCGUGGCAUGCAUGUGCAGGAAUGUCCAACACCGACGCAAAGAGGAAGUACAUCAGCACCCUCAUUGAGACGAUGAAGGAGUAUGCCAGUGGAACCCAAGAGUCACGGGAAUUGGUUUCUGAACUCGAGUUUGUUUGGAAUCAAAUCAGGAGUCAAAGCGGCAGCGACCCCGAUGAAGACGGAGACUCUCCUACGCGCCAGCUCGAACGUGCUGGUCUUCGACAGACCCAAAGCUUUGCCAGCAAUGCAACCGGACAGAUAUCCGCCGCUGCUCAGAGCAGUGGUCUUCUCAGCAGAACCCAUUCAGAUCCCAACCGGAUGAGAGUCUUGUCACCAGUCUCUCAACGGGACAGCGAUGAUGUCGUUGAGGCAGAAGAAGUUGAUCCCAAUGCCGAGGCUCUCAAUAUCCCCUUACCUUCCAGUUCCGGCACCACUUCCGAUCCCCACUGGAAGUCUCAGAUGGAGUCACAUCUACGACAGUUGUCUAUCGAAGUCGCCGCGCUUCGCGAAGAGCUGUCAGCAAAUCAUCUCUUGUCGUCCUCUUCACUAUCUCCAUCCCUCACCUCUCGCCGAAGGCGCCUACUCUAUCGAAUAACAUCGUGGAUAAGGUGGUUGACGUGGAUUUUUCUGCGGCAAGCGCUCCUCAACGUUAUAUUCAUCAUCAUCUUCAUACUCUGGGCAAGAUGGAAAGGCCAGAGAGACCGAAAGGUUGAACAUUGGGCCAAACGAAGAUAUAACGAGGUCAUAAUUGUGUUAGGGGGCAUCGGCAAUUGGUUAAGAGAAUCCGUGGCGGUGAUAAACUUUCGUGCUGUACCAAGGGGCUGAAUGAGGCCUUGCCGCUCCUUUACAGCCCAUGUACAGCAGCGCGAACUAUCUAUCUGAUGCUGCUACAUCCGGCAGAUCGUGGACAACCGACCAAGAUGACCGAAGAUGCUUGGUCGAUCUCAGUCGUCGGCGACAAAUGAGUUGAGGGAAGCAUCAAUCCAAGUCCAAUAUCAUGUGCGCAUGGCAUGGGCUUUUGUGCCACAUACACACAUGGCUUGGCAAAUCAAAUGAUUACGCAGAUAUGCAAACAGCCAGGCUGCACUCCAGCCGACAGUGACGAGGCACUGUACUGCUGUGAUUUGUACUCGGACGAAGAAGUCAAGUCAGGAUUGACUCUACAAUGGGAUGUCAGCAGAUCCGGAACCAAUUUUUUGGUCAUAUUGUGAUGGAAAUGUCUCGGCAUCGAAUCUAUGUUGAAUAAUUGAUAAACCAGGCUAUCAGGGGAUGUAUGUACUGUACGAAGAAGCACGAGUAAAAACUACGGUGACGAAGAGAAUGACUAUCAUGUUGCCCAAAGUCUUCAUCU